AUGUCGAACAAUGAUUUAAUUACCGACACGCCCGCCAAUGUCAAGUCACCGAUAUUUUUUUUCUCUUUCCGUGUUUCAAUCCACGAAAUAAAACCCUAAUUUCCCAUUUUCCCUCCCUCUCCAAUUUUUUUCCCUCGUCUUUUUCUCUCGGAAGGUUUGAAUAAAUGGCGGCGGCUGGCAGCGGCGGAACGGCAACUUCCUCAGCCUACGGAGGCGCCGGCGGCGGAGCAGGAGGAAAGUUCCGGAAACGACCUUUCCUUAAGAACCAAAAUACUCCGUACGAUCGCCCUCCGACGGCUCUCCGGAACCCUAGUUGGCUCACGAAACUCGUCGUUGAUCCCGCCACUAAGCUCAUCACUUCCGGUGCUCAACGGUUCUUUUCGUCGCUCUUUCGGAAACGUCUUCUCCCUCCCCCAACGCCGUUACCACUUCCUCCUCCAGAAGCAAGACAAGAACCAGAGGAUCUGCAGCAGGAGUCUUGUCCUAAUGAUCAUGCUGGAGCAGUAGUAGUCACCGGACAUGAAAUUUGCAACUCUGUGUGCAGCUCUGAGGGCAGUGCAUUCUCAGAGCUUGAGCAACUGUUAAAACAGAAGACGUUCACCAGAGCUGAAAUUGACCGUUUGACAGAACUUUUGCAUUCCAAAACUGUAGAUACCUCUGUUGGGAAUGAUAAGAGAGCUGAAUCCAUUCAAUAUAGGCCUUUAGCCAAUAAUUCUAGCUCUUUACUUGAAAAAAAUAGGGACGAGAAGGUUACAUCUGAUGCAGCUGUUGGUACUCCUGCCACAAGUUCAAGAGUCCCUAAAGGUGAUGUUGCAUCUCCUGCUGAACUGGCAAAAGUUUACAUGGAUACUAUGCCUUCAAAGAUGUCAUCAUCAAUUCUGAGUUCGCAAAGUCAAGUUGUGAGAGUAGAUACACCACUGCUAAAGAAUAUAGCAUAUUCCCAAAAUUUACCUAUUACAUCAGUGAGAACAAAGACUGCUGGUCUUGUUGGGGUUCGAGCAAAUGGAUUUACCACUCCAAGAUCUCGUGGAAGAUCUGCAAUAUACAACAUGGCGCGCGCUCCAUACUCCAGAAUUCGUCAAACUGAUGGUCAAAUGGCUAGUAGCUCCACAUACAAUGCAUAUAGCAGGCCUUCUUUAUCUGAGUCAGUCUUGGAGCAUGAUGGAUAUUUUGGCUCUAAACAGCCACUCAAACGGAGUAGUUCUGUUCUAGAAGAUGAUCUGGGAUCUGUUGGCCCCAUGCGGAGGACUCGACAGAAACCCAAUCUCCUAUCAAAUGGAGUUUCUCGUCCUAGUCCAGGAGCAGGGGUUGCUUCUUCUUCUGUCGUUUAUCAGGAGGUCUCGAAAGUUGUUGGAGAUAACAAUGUGCCGACAAGGUAUGCCCACAUUCCUUCCAAGUCCAGUGAGACAGCUGCGAAGAUAUUGGAUCAUCUUGAAUAUCUGACCCCAAAGGAGAAGUCAUCAGAAUCAAAACAAGUUGCAGGGAAAGAUAAAACACCCAAGAAAUUGACACGGAACAUGCUUCAUGGACAAGCUCUUAAAAGCUUGGAGUCUUUGGAUUCGCCAAAGCUGCUUCAUAGUGCACAAGACAACAGCCAUAAGCUGGAAAAUUUGUCUAAGGCUUUUCCAAAUGAUGCCCAUGAUUCUAGUUUGCAGAAGCAAGGCAAAAUAGAACAAAAUGGGCAAAGGAGAUCUAUUAGCGAGUCCACCGUUUUACGAAAGAAUGAUGCAAAAUGUUCACUUGAAGAUGCUCAACAUGCUCAACUAGUUUUGGAAAAUGCUGAUUCCCUGGACAAAACUUCUGCAGCUCAGCCUCAAAAAAAGCAAGCUUUUAGGAUGAGCGCACAUGAGGACUUUUUUGAGCUGGAUGAGGACAUAAACUUUGAUGAGUCUGCAUCUCAAGUGGCUGAAGGGAGAGAUAAGAUGGGUACAUCUGAUGCUGAAAAGAAGUCUCUAUCUACUGAUGGAGCCCUGAACAAACCUGCAGCUUUUAUUGAAACGAAGGCUACUCUGGGGAUUUUGAACAAAAGAAAUGAUAUGGAGGCUCCUGAUGCUGCUGUUAUCAGCGUCAAUAACACCAGUUUCCUGCCCAGUGCCAAUUCCCUGUCACCCGAGGUUGUCCCGCCAUCAUUUGGGUCUAACAAAUUAAAAGAGCCAAGUGUUGAUAAGGUCCCAGCAGUUCUAUUUUCAUCAUCACCCCCACUCACAGGGUUAGGGCCAGAAAGCUCGAGCAGCUUAUGCAACCCUCCUUUUGGCCUGGCUAGUGGUCCGUUGGAACUCUUUGAGUCAGAUAACUCACAGAAGCAUGGAAAGAGCAAUGGAAAGUUAGAAGCUUUAUCAUCUGGUCUAUCACCUUCAACUUCAUUUGCUGCUCCAUCAAGUACUUCUAGCUCCAGUAAUGGACAGUUUGCACCUAGUCCUGCUAUCUCAGCCACCUCCCUCUUGGCAUCAAGCAAUGUCCCAAAGGAUGUUCAAUCUGGUAGCUCACGCGAGGGUGCCCCUUCCACAAGCAUUUCAACUGCUGUUGGCAGCACAGCAGGCAACUCCAUUACCUCAGGUAGCUGCCUGUUUAGUUCCGCUGCAGCAUCUUCAGUAUCAACCGAACCUCCUAUCAAAUUUGGGCUGUCUGAAGGUCCACCAACAGUGUCGACGCUAUCAACAACUUCCAGUGCAGACAAUACAGAUUUGAAAACCAAAGCAACUAAUUUUGGCAACUUGAGUAGCACUUCACCUUUUGUGGGCUCAUCAUUUGCAUCUACUAGUCCUGGAAAUAAUAUUUUAGGUUUUAGUUCACCAGGAAUGUCAACAGAUAAUACAGCUAAUAUCCAGUCUCAGAGUUCUGUUUUCAGCACUGGAGGUCAGUCGCUUGUUAGUGCUCGAACUUCUCUAGCUGGAUCAGACAAUGCCAGAGUCUCACAGACUGUUCCUUCUCAUUUUUUAUCAUCUACUUCAUCACCAGAAGUUAGAAACUCUGGAAUGACAUCUUUCUCCUCAGUUGGUUCUGCUUCCAGUAAUACUGGCAUAGUUUCUGCUGCUUCUUCAGAUGGCAACCCAGCUGGCUCCAGCACUGCUGCAUCUGGAAAAUUUAGUAUUGUGGCAAGUUCUCCAGCCUCAUCUACAUUGGGCAAUUCAGUCGGUCCUAGCAGUGGGACCACUCAGCUGGCAUUUACUUUUGGUGCUAGUCCUGCAGUUUCUGCAGCAGUAACCACUGCACUUGCCACUUCCAGCAAUGCUACUUCUGGUGUAUUUAUGUUUGGUGUUAAUUCUUCAUCUUCCUCGACAAACGCCGCCGACACAUCUACUCGUUCUAGUCCUGGCACAUUUAAUUUUGGUGGUAGUUCUUCAGCUUCCUUAUUGAGCAAUGUCAGCACGUCUAAUGGCGCUACUCCUGGCGUAUUUAGUUUUGGUGGUGGUUCUUCAGCUUCCUCAACAAAUACUGUCAGCACCUCCACUGGCGCUACUCCUGGCGUAUUUAGUUUUGGUGGUAGUUCUUCAGCUUCCUCAAAUUCUGUCAGCACCUCCACUGGUGCUACUCCUGGCGUAUUUAGUUUUGGUGGUAGUUCUUCAGCUUCCUCAGCAAAUUCUGUCAGCACCUCCACUGGUGCUACUCCUGGCGUAUUUAGUUUUGGUGGUAGUUCUUCAGCUUCCUCAGCAAAUACUGUCAGCACCUCCACUGGUGCUACUCCUGGCGUAUUUAGUUUUGGUGGUAGUUCUUCAGCUUCCUCAACAAAUGCUGUCAGCACCUCCACUAGUGCUACCACAGGCAUAUUUGGUUUUGGUGGUAGUUCUUCAGCUUCCUUAACAGAUGUCAUCAAGGCCUCCAUUACUGCUUCUCCUGGCGUAUUUAGUUUCGGUGGUAGCUCUUCAGUUCCAUCAACAAAUGCCGUCAAUGCUAGCAGCACAGUGAGUCCUAAUCCAUUUGCUUUUGGAGCCACUUCCGCCUCUUCACAAACUUCCAGUAGUGCUGGAAUUUUUGGUUCCAGUUUACAGCCCCCAAAGCUUCAACCAGGUUUUAGUUUUAGUUCUAGCACCUCUUCUGGGUUUACAUUUGGAGCAUCUUCGUCUUUUAAUGCUCCAAGCACUACUGCGGUAGUCUUUGGAUCGGCACCCAGUACCCCUAGUGCACCAGCCUUUCCAUUUGGUUCAACUUCUCCGACAGUAUCAUCUUCGCAGCCCAUAUUUGGGAACUCCACUCCUUUUACUGCGGCCCCCGUGAACAAUGGACAGAUGAGCAUGGAAGACAGCAUGGCUGAGGAUCCUGCACAGGCAUCUCCCCCUGCAAUUUCAUUUGGUCAACCUUCUGUCUCGCCCUCUCCAGGUGGUUUCAUGUUUGGUUCAACGCCUAGUCCUUUCCAGUUUGGUGGUCAGCAGAGUAAUGCUGCUGCUCAGAAUCCAUCUCCAUUUGCAGCAUCAAACAGUUUUGGUGCUGGAGGGAGUUUCUCAUUGGGAAGCAGUGGCCCCGACAAAUCAGGUCGAAGGAUCGUCAAACCUAAUAGAAAUAAGAAUAGAAGGAAGUAAAAUGUUGCGCAACAAGACAUUGAUCCUCAUAGUAGAUAUUGGUUGGCAAGAGGAUUUUUUGAUGACAGAUCGGCAGCCACAGGUUGUGGGUUUGUGCAAUUUUCCUUUUUUUUUUUUUUGGGAAUCUGGGGCACUGUAUGUGUCUCCAGGAAGUGAAAAUCUUGUAAUUCCUAUCUGCUUUUCCGUUGUUGGCCCAAAUUCUAUGACAUAAAAUAUCACAAUUUUGGAUAACAUUUUUAGUGAA